AUGGAUAGGGUGAUGUGGCUGGCAUCUCAGAAGGCGGUGGUGGUCUUCAGCGUCGGUUCCUGCUGCCUGUGCCACGCCAUGAAGACCUUCCUCUCCAAUCUCGGCGUCAACUACGCCGUCCACGAGCUCGACCAGGAGCCGCACGGCCGGGAGAUGCAGCGGGCGCUGGCCAGGCUCGUCGGCCGCGGCCCGCCGGUGCCGGCCGUCUUCAUCGGCGGGAAGCUCGUCGGCUCCAUGGACCGGGUCAUGGCCCUCCAUCUCGGCGGCGACCUCCUCCUCCUCCUCCGGGACGCCGGCGCCAUCUGGCUCCUCCCCUCCGCCGCCGGCCGGAAGACCCCCCUCUAG